AUGUCAUCAAACGUGUCGAAAAGUUCUUUGGGCUUCAUUGGAAGAUGCAGGCAAACUCAAUCAACUGCGAUCUCAUCUCGAAAUUUCUCCACUACCGCAUCAUGCAGCGCCAUCGGUCCUGAAAACCCUAGAUUCAUCGAAAUUCCUACCACUCAGCAGCCAGACGCGCGAGGGCGCCGGGAUAUUAAGGGAACUUUACCACCUCCACGAAACCUUUUCCCCAAUCGAGGGCCCAACAAGAUUUCCAAAAAGUACCUGGAUUCCGUGACUCGCCAGCCGGUGAGCCCUCCCAAUAACCCGAAUGAUUGGGUUGCAUGGAAGCAUAGACUAGCAAGCCAGCGACGUGAAAACUUGAAGGAAGCUUUGGUGAAUCUUCACAAGAGAAAAUUGACCCAGGAGCGCAUAGUCGCACACAAGAGUUACAAGAAACGAAUGGAGAACGAAAAAAGGUUAAAGGCGCCCCAGCGGGAGGAUGAAAGGCUGAUGAACCCCACAAUCACGGAAGCUAUGUCGAAAUUGCAAGUAGGCUUUGUUCCAGAUCCAGAGAGAGAGAGUGAGCUAGCACAGAAGGCAUUGAGGGUGCAGAUGAAGGAAGCCGAAAGGGAGGAACAGAGGAAGAAUGCUUUGCAUACACUGUAUAUGAAGGCUAGGUCAUUCAUCACAACAGAGGAGCAGUUAAACGCCAAGAUUGAUGAGAUAUUCACGUUUCCUUUCGACAGGAACGCGCCGGACAAGAGAAGUAUCUGGGAGGUAUCCAAUAAACCACCUACUGUCCAGGAUAUGCUUGCAGGCGUCAAUAAUGCGCAAAAGACUACCGUGGAAACAUGGAAACAUCCUGCUGUUAUCACUGGAGAUAGAAUGCAGCUUAUAGCGGAGGAAUUGACAGGUGGAAAGAUGGACUUUUGA